AUGACAAACUCGAUCCCAGCAGCCUCCAGUCAGGCUGCUACCACGAUGUCUGGGUCAUCUAUCAGAAGGCCUGUUGUGGCACCUAGCGGUUCCUACGCCUCGGUCGUUGCUGGUCAAGCUCAACCUCGCCUCUAUUCCGACGGGAUCACCCACAACGGGACCGGAGUACAUCCUCGGUAUCUAUCAAAUUUUAACUUUGCAGGCUCGAACGGUUACACUUCAGGCCCGCAGCAACACAGUAUUCGACAGCCUAUUACGGUUCCUAGCUAUCUUGCCGAGUCAAGUUACGCCGAACGACUAGCAUCCUCCUCUGCCGUUUUUAAUCCGAUUCCUACGCCACCUCCAUCUUUGACCAUACCCGGAAAGCUACCGCAAACACAUCGGGGGCUAGCGUACGAUAUCAUUGAGAACGUCCCUGGAGACGAGGAGGCCCUAACACCAUUACCGACCCGCUGGAAUGAGAGCGACAAGUGCCCUGGGAUAGAUUUGUUGAAUGAUGGGUUGGAGGUGAAGUUUGUUGGUCCACAAAAAGUGAGUGACAACGAUGCAGCUGCUGUCCGGGCAGAUCAGUUUAUGCCGCCUCAAUGUGGUAUAUUCUAUUAUGAGAUCACGGUUGUCUCUAAAGGGAAGGAAGGAUUGAUCGGCGUUGGGUUCUGCACCAAGAAGGUUCCUCUUAAUCGAUUACCGGGCUGGGAACCGGAGUCAUGGGGGUACCAUGGCGAUGACGGGAACUCGUUCUGUUGUCAAGGAACUGGAAAGCAGUAUGGUCCUCAAUUUUCAACAAAUGACGUUAUCGGGUGUGGCGUGAACUUUCGGACCGGAACUGCGUUCUUCACUAAGAACGGCCUUUUCCUAAAAACUGCUUUCCGGGACAUCAAGAGCACAAAACUAUACCCGGCCGUAGGAAUGAAACGACCCGGGGAGCAUAUUAGAGUCAACUUUGGGCAGGAGAGGUUCGUUUUUGAUAUUGACGGUUAUAUGAAUGAGGAGAAAGCCGUGGUGUAUAAAGAAAUUAACAGCCACCCAACGGUUGGACUUUGCCCAGUAAUGGAUGAAGCAGCAUUAAUUCAAGCUCUGGUAGCGCAAUAUCUAGCACAUGACGGAUAUGUCGACACCGCUAGAGCAUUCUCAGCUGAUGUUCAGAGCGAAGCACGAGCACUUGUGAGUGGGCGGGAAGAAAACACGAAAACUUUGGAGUUGAAAGAAGAUGGAGAUGCGAUCAACCGCCAAAGGAUUCGUAGCGCGAUCCUUGAUGGUGAUGUGGAUCAUGCGCUCAAAUUCACCAAACAAUAUUACCCAAGCGUCUUCAAAAACAACGAACAAAUCUACUUCAGACUACGCUGCCGAAAAUUGGUGGAGAUGAUCAGACAGUUUGCAGAAACUGACAUGGAGAUCGAUGAUUCGGCAAAUUCCGCGGCGGAAUGGGAAAAAAUGGAUGUUGAGGACGAGUAUGGGAGUAUAGGGCCUGGUACAGGUGGACAGGUGAAAAGUGCUCUUGACGCCGCAGUUGAGUAUGGUCGACAAUUGAGAUUUGAUUUCCAGACGGAUACCAGACCAGAAAUCAGAAAGGCGUUGGAGGAAGCAUUCAGCCUAUUGGCGUAUACAGAUCCAAAGAACUCCGUCCUUGCGCACUUGUUGGACGAAAAGGGCCGUAUAUCGGUUGCGGAGGAACUCAAUUCAGCUAUUCUAGUCUCACUUGGUAAGUCUCCGGCAGCCGCAUUGGAAAGACUUGUUCAACAAUCUACAGUCUUGAUCAAUGAAAUUAGUGAGGAUGGGGGUCCUGGGGCGUUUGUUAAUCUUAGUAACGAUUACCUGAAAGGUUAA